GCCGGGGCCAUGAGGGGCGAGCCGCCCGCCUGGGCCCCGGGGCCGGCGCAGGCGGCGGCGCUGCUGGAGGAGGCGGCGGAUCUGCUGGUGCUGCACCGAGACUUCGCCGCCGCCGUGGAGCGGUGUGAGGCGGGCUGCGACAGCCUGGGAGUCGGCCCCGGCCCCGGCCCCGAGAGUUUUGCAGAAGUGAAAUGCUCCCUUUGUGUUGUGGGGAUUCAGGCGCUGGCUGAGAUGAACCGGUGGAGAGAAGUUCUGUCUUGGGUGCUGCAGUAUUACCAUGUACCUGAAGAUCUGCCUCCAAAAGUUCUGGAGCUGUGCAUCCUGUUGUACAGCAAAGUGCGAGAGCCGCAGGUGAUGCUGGAGGUCGGCAGCAGCUGGCUGAGAGCCCAUACCAACCAGAGCCUGCCCGAGUUCGGGGCGCUGCUGGAGCUGUACCUGGAGCAGGUGCUGCUGCCUCUGGGGCGCUUUGAGGGCGCGGAGGAGCUGGUGCGGGGCUGUGCCGCGUUGGACAGCGAGCGGCAGCUGGCGUUCCUCGGCACCGUCCGCGAGAGCCGCCGCUGCUGGGCUCAGCGGGAAGAGACAUGCUCGGCUGCUGAGGAGCAGCAAGACCCGGCCACAGAAACUGUUCUGGGAGUGCUGUCCCAAAAGCUCCUGACCAUGUUGACGUUGCUGCGUAGUGCAAUGAGGUCCAUGUCAAAUCACUUCUAUUUACUUCCUUACAAGAAGAUGCUCUUGGCUACUUUUUUGCUGUACCUGGUGGUGGUGAGAUUAGAUCCAGCUUCUCCCACAUCACUGCCAUUCAUCUACAAACUGGUCCAGCUCUUCAGACAGGCUUGGGCAGCCGUGCUUUCUCCAAUCCAUAGGCCUCCAAUUCGAGACUAAGUGUCUUCCUCCACUAAAGGUGUCACCUUUGUCUUGGGGAUGUUACCAGGCUUUUCAGGGACUGGUGAAAUCUGAGAUGACCACCUGUGGACUCCUGGAAUUUCUCCAGACAGGGAAUGGUGGUGUAUGAAUUUUGAAGCCACAGCAAGUUUUCCUGACAUUUUGCUUGGUCCCGUCCAACACUAGGGUAAAGCCACUCCUUCCCUAUCUGCAACUCAAUAAGAAUCCUCCUUUUCAAUCCUCUUUUUCAAGCUUUUCCAACACUUUGCUUUGGAUGUGUCUCUUGAGCGAGGGUUGUGUAGCCAGUUAUGAGCUGUGGAAGAAGUUCUCAUCCUUGCAAAUGCUGAGCAGUUCUCUGAACAAGUGCAAUAGUGUUCCUGGAGGCAUGACUGUAGAAGGCAGCAGAGUACCAGUGAUUAGGGGAAUAUUCUGUUUUGCCUGAAGACAUCUGAAAAGCCCAGUUCCUGCAGCAUGGGGUUUAGGACAAGCACAUGGAAGAAAAACACUGGAGAUAGUAAAGCCUCUUACGUUUUGAAAGCCAUGGUUUCUCUUGUGACUGAUGCCUCUUUGGACAGGCACACUGGAUUUUAGUCAUAUUUAAGCCAGAAAGAUGGGGUGGUGGGCCACAAAGACUGUUGUGCUGUACCUACUCUUCUUAAAUGCAAAUUACAGCACUUAGUGCUUGCCUGAUGCAUAGUCAUUCCUAUAAGCACUUGGUGGUGGUGGUAAGGCAAUAGAGUUGUUUUUUUCAAUUAUAUUCUAUGUUAUUGUCUAGUUGAACAACUCAAGUUGUUGCUUUGUUUUACUCUUUCCCUACCUCUUGCUUUGUUCACAUAGAUGUCAAAAAGUCUCUCUGUAUAUCUAGAAUUGUUCCCCAAGUCCCCAGAACCCAAAGCCCUAGGUUAGAUAGGAGUAAUGAUAGAUAGUUCAGCAAUGCUUUGUCAUUCAGAACAGAAGUUUAUUUUUUAUAGAAAAAGAUGCUUCUCUGACAUCACAAGGUCUUCCCCAGAUCAGUGGAAAGAAAAUUGUACAUCUGCAGGUCCUGUCACCAGACCAACUCCAUUUCUAACCACCUGGGGCAGAAACUGGAGGUUUGGGGUAGAACAUGAAUUUCUCCUCCAUCCAUUCACCCAUUUCUCAUCAAUUGGCAAGAGGUCAAUUCCAAGGAGAGAUCUCAGUGUGGUGUCUGGCAGCAGUAGUGCCCUUUGUCUGUAGCAAUAACCAUACUCCAAGCUGGUGGCUGUUCCUGUUUUCUUCACACAGAUGGGCGUGUUGGCACCCUCAGACUGUGUGGGAUCUGUUGCUUUGCUCCCUACUGGGGCACUUUGCAAACAGUCUCAUCUUCACUACUAAAAAUAGUUGUCUGUUUCAUCUAAAAUUAUCCCAAAAAGAGCUACCCUCCAGCAUUAUUGUCAGACAAACUCAGGCAGGUUAUUCUUGAGUGCAGUAACAACCUUGCCUAGUUGUUUCCAGAGGUUUUAAAACCCAGACCAAUCCCAUAUCCCUCCCCAAAGAUUUUGUCUCUGCCAGGAAUCUGCACCAGGUUAAGUAGCACAUAGCUUUUCCAUAUAAAAAAGUAAUUUCUUACAUACUCUGCACACACAGGGAGGAACAGCCUUUGGUAUUGCUAAAUGGUUCCUGAAACCAACACUUGAUGUGAAAUCAGGUAGAGUGAAACACAAAAGCUCUGUCUGGAGCUGAGCUCUUCCAAGAAAUGACCAGGAUGAGUGUUCUGCCCCCCCUGCUUUUCAAGGCCUCAGGUUAAGUCCUUUGUAAGCCAGUUAAUGAAAUGGCAAACUUCACUGUGAAGUCAGGCCAAAUUCUUACCAAAGUAACUGUUAGGUAAUGAACACUUUUUGCUGUAGUCUUCUGGCAUCAUUUUUAGUUGGAUGGCAGAGAUGCUGUUUUGGAGGUUGGUUUGGACCAGUGGUUUCAGCAGGCUAUUCACAGUUUUUAGAAUGCUGUUAAGUGUCAUUUACCAGGAUUUUUAACAUUCAACUUUAUUUUAAGUGUAGGUUGGAAAUGUUGACUUUAUUGGGGUACUACUGAUUUAGAAUUUAUAUUGUUUUUAAAUCAUCAUGAGAGAACAAGAAGGCAGAAAUAAGCUAUCAGGGUUGUUUUUUUUUUUUUGCAAUUAAUACUAAAACUGCAGUAUCUAAUUUUUAUAAUAAAAUGACUACUGAUUGACCUCUUUGUAGAGUUGCUUGUUUGUGCUGUGAUUGAGGGUAUGAAAAAAAUUGUGUUUAUUCUAUUGAUACACUACAAAGUACAUCACAGUCUUGCAGAAUAGUUUCACAUUGUUUCAUAGUU